AUGGGUGCCGCCGAUGAGGAAUACGAUUACUUGUUCAAGUUGGUUUUGAUCGGUGAUUCUGGUGUUGGUAAGUCUAAUCUGUUGUCGAGAUUUACGAGAAAUGAGUUUAAUUUGGAGUCUAAAUCUACUAUUGGGGUUGAAUUUGCGACGAGAAGUGUGAGGAUUGUUGAUAAGCUUGUUAAGGCUCAGAUUUGGGAUACUGCUGGACAAGAAAGAUAUCGAGCAAUCACAAGUGCUUACUACCGCGGAGCCGUAGGUGCAUUGCUUGUGUACGAUUCAACUAGGCAUGUGACAUUUGAAAAUGUGGAGAGAUGGUUGAAGGAGCUUCGAGAUCACACAGACGCAUACGUUGUAAUCAUGCUUGUUGGAAACAAAACAGAUCUGCGACACUUGUGUGCCGUGUCGACAGAAGAAGCCACCGCAUUUGCUGAGAAAGAAAACAUAUAUUUCAUGGAAACUUCUGCACUCGAGUCGGUGAAUGUGGACAGUGCUUUUGUGGAAGUGCUGACUCAGAUAUACAAUGUUGUGAGUAAGAGGGCUCUUGAGAAAGAGAAUGGCUCCACAUCAGUGCCUAAGGGAGAGACUAUCAAUAUUGGUAAAGAUGAUGUCUCAGAGGUUAAGAAGAGUACAUGCUGCAGUACAGCAUAG